UAUUCAUAUAUAUUUUCAUUUCAGGAUAUCUUUCUUCUUCUAGUGUUUCCCUGAAGCGCAUACACCUUACUACAUACACAUGAAUACAAAAAUAUCACUGCGCAUUCCUCGAUCUUAAUCCUUGAUAUCUUCGAUCGUUGUGGUGGUUUCUUUCUACCUGAACCUGUCGAGCUGUUUAUUAUCUAUAACCAACAGGAGAAGAGGCUGAAGAAGAUUGGAUUUUCAUCGAAACUAAUAGUAAUAGCAAAGUCAUGUGAUUGCAGGUGAGUUCAUUUGGGCAAAUGGGGAACCACGACAUGGGUCCACCAUGGUUGAUACCCAUGCUUAGAGCAAGCUAUUUCAUUCCCUGUGGAGUUCAUGGUGAAUCCAAUAAAAGCGAAUGCAAUAUGUUCUGCUUAGAUUGUAUGGGAAAUGCUUUCUGUUCGUAUUGUCUCAUUUAUCACAAAGACCACCGUGUUGUUCAGAUAAGGCGAUCUUCAUACCAUAACGUGGUGAGAGUAAAUGAGAUACAGAAAUACAUAGACAUAUCAUGCGUGCAGACUUACAUCAUCAAUAGCGCCAAGAUUGUGUUCCUCAACAAGCGCCCUCAGCCAAGGCCGGGAAAGGGAGUCACCAACACUUGUGAAAUUUGUUGUCGAAGUCUCCUUGAUUCAUUCAGAUUCUGUUCACUUGGAUGCAAGCUGGGAGGGAUGAAGCAGGGUGACCCAGACCUUACAUUUGCGGUAAAAUUGAAGCACAAUAGGGAUCACUUCUUUGGUGGGUCAGAAUCAGAUGAGUCCUCGACCCCUAAGAAGAUUCGCAGGACACAUGCUUUCAAUCGUUUGAUGGACGGGCUCUCAAUCUAUUCCUCUAACAAUGAUGGUGCGGAGAGUUCUGGUGAUGAUGCAGCUACCAACAUUUCUCCGGCUACUCCUCCCCUUUUCAAUCAUCGUAAUGCAAGGAGAAGAAAGGGUAUACCUCAUCGUGCCCCAUUUUAAGAUUUCAUAAACCGAAAAAAAAAAAAAAUCAGAUUUCCAGUAUGCUUAGCAUUUAGUGGUAUUAAAAAAAGGAAAAAAAAUGGCAAAUAAAAUGAUGGCGAGGAAGGAGGAAGUGGAAUGUGGGGAAUUAGGAACUGAUACAUUCUCAAGCUUCUUGUGUAGAUACCUCUCCACUAGUAUAGAAUAGGAUACUAGAUAGUAUGUUUUUAAUAGCUUCGGAGCAAGGAAAUGGUCCCUUCAUAUACAUUUAGCAAUUACUGUUGGGAUUUAAUUUCUAAGUCAAGAAAACUUUGGAUAUAUGUAAUACCAUAUCCAUGCAUGUACAGAUCAUGUCUAUAAAUAUAUAAUAUGGGGUUUUAGAUUGUUGGAAGGGUAGCAAUAAUAGAGUACAGUGGCAUUUGUACAGAACAGAACAUUGUGCUUUGUUCUUGUAGAUAUUUAUAUUUAAAGUUAUACCUUGUGUUCUGGCA